AAGACAUGAAGCAGGCGAUGCUGAGCUGCCAACAUUAGCAGAAUGUCCAAAAUUUUAUUUAAAAUCAAUGGAAUUCAGUAUGAAGUGGACGGCAACUACAGUCCGGACUUCACGUUGAACGAAUUCAUCAGAACGGUAGCAGGGCUUCGCGGCACCAAGGCGAUGUGCCACGAAGGCGGCUGCGGUGCAUGCGUGGUCGCCGUCCAAGCUCCGACGCAGCCUAAUAAUGAACUGAAGAUAUUCUCCUGUCUAGUGUCAGUUUUAUCAUGUCACAGCUGGGAGGUGACAACUGUUGAAGGUAUUGGGAACAGAACAAGCGGCUACCAUGACAUUCAAACUCGGCUAGCAAAAUUUAACGGCACCCAGUGUGGUUAUUGCACGCCAGGUUGGGUCAUGAAUAUGUACAGUUUAUACAAAUCUAAAAAUGGUAAUCUCAGUGCGACUGAAAUAGAAAAUUCAUUCGCAAGUAAUAUCUGUAGAUGUACUGGAUACAGAUCAAUAGCAGACGCAUUUAAAACUUUUGCUAAAGAUGCUGACGAAGACAUUCUCAAGAAACUAAUUGACGUGGAAGAUAUUUGCCAAUUAAAAGCAUGUGGUGUCAAAUGUACAAAAAUAUGUUCAUAUAGAAAUAUACAGAAGAACAAUCCAAUCAAAAUACAAUUUGUUGAAGAAUCAAAGAAUGAUUCUUGGUGUAUUCUUGGUAAUUUGAAAACCGAACCUUUAAUGGUGAAGAACGAUACAUUUAGAUGGUUUAAAGUAUAUAAAUUGUCUGAUUUUUUUAAAGUUAUAGAACAAGGCGAUAACUAUAAAAUAGUAGCCGGAAAUACAGGGCAAGGAGUAUUUCAUGUUAAGAAAUAUCCAGCACACAUUAUAGAUAUCUCUGAUGUUGUUGAAUUAAAAACUUUCUUAUUGGAUAUUAAUUUGGUAUUGGGUGCAGGCAUGACAUUGUCUGAUAUGAUGGAAAUAUUUCUCAAAAUGUCUUCAGAGAAUGAGAAUUUCUCAUAUUUGAAAGAAUUCUAUGCUCAUAUGGAUUUAGUUGCUCAUAUACCUGUUAAAAACAUUGGAACAAUUGGUGGUAAUUUAUUUUUGAAACAUUCAAAUCCUGAGUUUCCGUCUGAUUUAUUCCUGUUAUUUGAAACCGUUGGAGCGAUGAUUACAAUCGCAAACAAUAUUGACAAAAGAAGAACUCUCACUCUGCAGGAAUUUUUAAAAAUUGAGAUGAAAGGAGAAAUUAUUAUAAACGUGUUGUUGCCGCCAUUAGCUAAUAACUGUUACGUUAGAACUUUUAAGAUUAUGCCUAGAUCGCAAAAUGCACAUGCUAUUGUCAACGCAGGAUUUCUUUUCAAAUUAGAUCAAAACACAGGCACUGUUCAGGAAGCAAGUGUUGUAUAUGGAGGUAUAUCUCCUGACUUUAUACAUGCACGAAAAACUGAGGCAACAGUUAUAGGCAAUGAUAUCUUUACUAACGAAAUAUUACAACGAGCUUUGACAACAUUGUCCGAUGAACUAAACCCUGUUGAAGCUCCGCCAGAACCCUCGGCUGCGUUUAGAAAAAUGUUAGCAAUCGCUCUGUUUUACAAGGCCGUAUUAAGCUUAUGUCCUGAGAGUAAAUUGAAUCCAACUUUCAAAUCAGGAGGUGAAACAUUAAAAAGAAUUUCGUCGAAAGGCAGUCAAGUCUUUGAUACAGACAAGAGUUUGUGGCCGUUGAAUCAACCGAUUCCUAAAUUGGAAGCUCUAAGUCAGUGUAGUGGUGAAGCGACUUUUGCAAAUGACUUUCCGAAACAAGUCGGUGAGGUAUUCGCAGCAUUUGUAACAGCUGAUAUAAACCCAGGCAGUAUUAUAAAUGAUUUUGACACAACUGAAGCAUUUAAAAUACCCGGAGUCAUCGCAUUUUACUCGGCCAAAGACAUACCAGGAGUUAACUCGUUUACACCUUUCUACGUACCACUUUUAUCUGAAGACGAAGAAAUUCUGUGUUCAAAAGAAGUUAAAUUCUACGGCCAACCAGUCGGAAUUAUCGUUGCCGAUAGACAAAAGACAGCUAAUAAUGCUGCAGAACUUGUUAAAGUGAACUAUUUAAUUAAUCAAAAUAAACCAUUACUUACUAUUGAUGACAUUUUAAAAUCCGAUGAGAAGGAUAAAAGAAUAGUUACAGAUCAAGUAGUCGAGCCAUCAGAAAAAGGAGAUGAUGUUAAAGCUGUUUUAUAUGGAGAAUUUGAUUACAAAGCACAAUAUCAUUAUUACAUGGAGCCACAAACUUGUGUAGUGACGCCUACAGAAGAUGGAAUAGCAGUGUAUGCCGCAACACAGUGGCUUGACGUCACAGGUAUAUCUGUGGCUCAAUGUUUAAAUGUACCAGUUAAUAGUGUUAAUGUAAUUGUAAGCCGAGUCGGAGGAUCUUACGGAGGUAAAAUAACCAGAUCAGGACAAGUAGCUUGCGCUGCAGCCUUAGUAUCACAUAUGCUUGGAAAAACAUGUCGCCUGAUAAUGUCCUUGGAAACAAAUAUGAAAAUGAUCGGAAAGAGAACACCAACUUAUUCCAAAUACGAAGUCGGAAUCAAUGAUGAAGGAGCAAUACAAUAUUUGAGAAAUGUUUUUUACCAAAACAAUGGUGCGUCAUGGAACGACAAAAUCACUUACAUAGUUUUUAAACAUUUCUAUAAUUGUUAUGAUCACAAACGAUGGUACGUGGAAGCCAAUGGGUUUAUAUCUGAUUUACCUUCAAAUACAUGGUGCAGAGCGCCUGGAUCAGCUGAAGGAUUGGCUAUGAUAGAAGAGAUAAUGGAACGUAUUGCUCAUCAUACUGGAAUAGAUCCAAUUCAAGUAAGAUUAACAAAUAUGGCGAAAGAGAACAAUCCUAUGCCAGAAUUAAUUGAACAAAUAAAACACGAUUCAGAUUACGAUAAUAGACUUAACGAAAUUUCCAAUUUUAAUCAAAGCAAUCGCUGGAGAAAACGUGCGAUGAAAUUAAUGCCGAUGACGUAUGAAAUAUUUUACGUAGGUCCUUACAGUGCAUCAGUGUCAGUAUAUCAUGCAGAUGGUUCGGUAAUUAUAUUUCACGGCGGUAUAGAAAUGGGACAAGGUAUAAACACAAAAGUGGCACAGGUUUGUGCGUAUAUUUUAAAGGUACCGCUUGAAAAAGUUAGUGUUAAAACUAGCAGUAGUUUUACAUCACCAAAUAGCAUGACUACCGCAGGCAGUAUUGGAAGUGAAUGUGUCGCUUUCGCAGUUAUCAAGGCUUCUGAAACUAUUCUAGAAAAAUUGAAACCUUUUAAGGAAAAAAAUGUAAAUGCUACUUGGAAUGAAAUUGUUAAAGAAGCGUUUCUUGCUGGUGUUUAUUUACAUGCUUCUUUUAUGUAUGAUACAUCAAAUACAUCAUUAAAACCUUAUCAGAUUUAUGGCGUUGUUGUAUUGGAAGCGGAGCUUGAUCUUUUGACUGGCAACCAUGAUAUUCGACGAGUUGAUUUACUUGAAGAUACUGGUAGAAGCCUUAGUCCAGAAAUUGAUAUAGGACAGAUUGAAGGUGCUUUUAUUAUGGGACUUGGCUAUUGGACAUCAGAGAACAUAAUUUAUGAUCCAAGUAACGGCAAAAUACUAACCGAUCGAACUUGGACAUACAAACCACCAGGACUUAAGGAUAUUCCUGCCGAUUUCAGAAUCUACUUUCAAAGGAAUUCGAAAAAUGAAGUCGGUGUUCUUCAAUCGAAAGCAACCGGUGAACCAGCACUUUGUUUGGCAGCAGUCAUCACACAUGCACUACGAGAAACUAUUCGAUUAUGUCGUUUGGAUGCUGGUUAUGACGACCAUUGGGUUGAAUUAGGACAUCCAUGCUCGGUUGAAAACAUUUUCAUGGCUACGGGACAUAAACUAGAACAUUUUAAACUGAAUACUCGAUUCGUCUGUAUGUUUUUUUUUAAUUUUUUACACGAAAGAUAUUAAUCUAGAACUUUCCUUUGUAGCCUGAACUUCGCAGUUACGAUGCAGUUUCCAAGACAUAUGAAGAUCGCAGCGGGGUCGCUGGGAACAGCUAUAUUUGGUGUGCUAUUCGGUUGGGUCAUAUUUCCCACUGUUUUAAAGAGCCAAUUAAAAAAGGAAAUGGCAUUGUCGCCGAAAACUGAUGUUCGUAAGAUGUGGCAAAAGAUACCGUUUCCUUUAGAUUUCAAGAUAUAUCUAUUUAACUAUACAAAUGCUGAGGAAGUACAAAAAGGAGCUAUACCAAUAGUAAAGGAAGUUGGGCCGUAUUAUUUUGAAGAAUGGAAGGAGAAAGUAGAUGUCGAAGAUCAUGAUGAUAGUGACACAAUAACGUACAAGAAACUGGAUACUUUCUUCUUCAAGAAGGAACUUUGUGGACCAGGCCUGACGGGAGAAGAGUUGAUUGUUUUACCUCAUCCAUUUAUGAUGGCUACGAUAGGAGUGGUAAUCCGAGAUAAGCCAGGGAUGCUCAACAUGAUUGGGAAAGCUUUUAAUGGCAUUUUCGACAAUCCACCCGACAUUUUCCUUAGGGCGAAAGCUUUAGAUAUAUUGUUUAGAGGCCUUGUCAUUAACUGCGCAAGAACGGAGUUUGCGCCUAAAGCUCUUUGUACAGCUUUAAAGAAGGAAGCAGCUAACACUCUUAUUUUUGGACCAAAUAAUCAAUAUGUAUUUUCUCUAUUCGGCAUGCGUAAUGGCACAGCUGACAGUCAUGUUGUGACAGUCAUGAGAGGUAUGAACAACGUGAUGGACGUCGGCAAAGUGAUAGCGAUCGACGGCAAACCCAAGAUGGAAAUGUUCAGAGAUAAAUGCAACGAAUUCGAGGGUACCGACGGGACUGUUUUCCCUCCAUUUUUAACGCAGUCUGAUCGUCUUGAAUCGUUCUCUGGUGAUUUAUGCAGAUCUUUUAAACCGUGGUUCCAAAAACCAUCUUCGUACAGUGGAAUCAAAACCAAUCGAUACAUCGCUAACAUUGGAGAUUAUUCAAAUGAUCCUGAACUGCAAUGCUACUGUGAUACUCCCGAUACUUGCCCGGCUAAAGGACUUAUGGAUCUGAUGAAAUGUAUGGGAGCACCGAUGUACGUCUCACUGCCACAUUUUUUAGACUGCGACCCUAAGAUUAGGGAAGCUGUGAAAGGACUGAACCCUGAUGUGAAUGAACACGAGAUAUCAGUUGAUUUUGAACCGAUCACAGGCACACCCCUGGUCGCGAGACAACGUGUCCAGUUUAACUUAAAGUUAGUUAAAACGGAAAAAAUUGAACUGUGCAAGGAUUUACCUGACACUAUUGUGCCUUUGUUCUGGAUCGAGGAGGGUCUAGCACUAAACAAGACAUUUACAAACAUGCUGAAGCAUCAAUUGUUUAUACCAAAGCGUGUGGUCGGUGUGCUGCGAUGGUUACUGGUGUCUUUCGGUCUACUCACUUCUAUGGCCUGUAUACUCUUUCAUUAUAAAGAUAACAUCAUGCACUUCGCGGUAUCGAAUCGCUCCGAAUCCGCGGCAAAAAUCAAACCUGAGGAAACGGAGCAGAGAGAUAUUAGCGUCAUUGGAGAAGCACAGGAACCUCCCAAAGUUGAAAUGUAAUAUAAGGCCUGACGUACACUAGUUAAGCAUACUGCACAGUACACACAGACUCACAUUACAGCGAAAUCACACACAUAAGCACCACGGAAAUGGACGACGUUUCGUAUCAAAUAGCGGAUUGUCGUCCAAAAAAGGAUCAGCGAUACACUCCGAACCUUUUUGUUUCAUAGAAUACGCAGUGUCCUCGAGUCGAAGUGUGUGUCUAGCCUAAUAUUACUUUGUUUUUCUUAGAAUUCACAAUAUUAGGAGCUGUCAAUAUAGUUCAAAAGAUAUUAGAAGCUUUCUUCGCUUGAAGGCUUACUGAAAAUGUCGUCACUUUUUUCCUUAU